UCCAUCCUGCCCUUCACCCCCCCGAUCGUGAAGCGCCUGCUGGGCUGGAAGAAGGGCGAGCAGAACGGGCAGGAGGAGAAGUGGUGCGAGAAGGCGGUCAAGAGUUUGGUCAAGAAGCUCAAGAAGACGGGGCAGCUGGACGAGCUGGAGAAGGCCAUCACCACGCAGAACGUCAACACCAAGUGCAUCACCAUCCCCAGGUCCUUGGAUGGCCGACUGCAGGUGUCCCAUCGGAAGGGGCUCCCCCAUGUCAUCUACUGCCGCCUGUGGCGAUGGCCUGACCUGCACAGCCACCACGAGCUGCGGGCCAUGGAGCUGUGUGAGUUCGCCUUCAACAUGAAGAAGGAUGAGGUCUGCGUGAAUCCCUACCACUAUCAGCGGGUAGAGACCCCAGGUGGUAAUGAGCCACUUUCCUUCUGGUUCUCAGAAACCCCACCCCCUGGCUACCUGAGUGAAGAUGGAGAAACCAGUGACCACCAGAUGAACCACAGCAUGGACGCAGGUUCUCCAAACCUAUCCCCGAAUCCGAUGUCCCCAGCACACAGUAACUUGGACCUGCAGCCCGUCACCUACUGCGAGCCAGCCUUCUGGUGCUCCAUCUCCUACUAUGAGCUGAACCAGCGCGUCGGGGAGACAUUCCACGCCUCGCAGCCAUCCAUGACAGUGGAUGGCUUCACUGACCCCUCCAACUCGGAGCGCUUCUGCCUCGGGCUGCUCUCCAACGUCAACAGGAACGCGGCCGUGGAGCUCACGCGGAGGCACAUCGGGCGAGGCGUGCGGCUGUACUACAUCGGCGGGGAGGUCUUCGCAGAGUGCCUCAGCGACAGCGCUAUCUUUGUGCAGUCCCCCAACUGCAACCAGCGCUACGGCUGGCACCCGGCCACUGUCUGCAAGAUCCCACCAGGAUGCAACCUGAAGAUCUUCAACAACCAGGAGUUUGCCGCCCUCCUGGCUCAGUCUGUCAACCAGGGCUUUGAGGCCGUCUACCAGCUGACACGCAUGUGCACCAUCCGCAUGAGCUUUGUCAAAGGCUGGGGAGCCGAAUACAGGAGACAGACAGUGACCAGCACCCCCUGCUGGAUCGAGCUGCACCUGAAUGGGCCUUUGCAGUGGCUUGACAAGGUCCUCACCCAGAUGGGCUCCCCAAGCAUCCGUUGUUCCAGUGUGUCUUAGAGACAUUGGUGUGAAGGGGGAGGGCCAGGGAGGGCGGGCUUGGGUAAAACGGCCAUGAGGAGGCAGAGAAAAUUGGAACUCAACUCACUCUUAUCAAAGAAGAAGACAUUUUUCUCCCUCAACCAAAGUGGCACCAACCUGUUCUCCAAUACACAAAAGCAAACCCAGAGAUGGAUUUUAUGAACAGCUGUAUCUGCUGAACACAUUUGCCCUCUGGCCCCAGUGUGAAGGGCAAGAAAUGGCUUCUGCUUUGGUGGCUUGAGCAAACAGGUAGUAUGUCACCACCUGCCCCCUCCCCCCAAUCCCUAUCUUUUUUAAUGACAGCAAUCUGGGAUGUCACUGUCCAGCAGGAAAAUGGCCCUCUGUUCAGGACUGGAGUGUGGAGUUCACCUUGGGUGUUCUAGGUAGGGAAAAGCCUGCAGGGGUGUGAGCAGACCUCAUGCCCAGCCCUCUGGAGCUCUCGACAAAUGCCUCUUGAACUGAGCACCAUGAACUCCCAGCAGUCCCUCCGCAGACCUGCACCAGAGCUGGACUGACUUGGGGUGGGGAGGGCUUGUCUGUCUCCUCCCAUCAGAGCAUACUGAUUGAUGUGAGCCAGUGUGUUCAGACCACGCAGGGACAGUGGGAGAAGUCGGUGAGAGACCUCUUCUUUCAAAACGCUCUUAAAAUUUGUCCUUCCUCACUUGGAGCAGUUAGGAGGACCUGCUGAGGCUCAGUGCGCAUGCAACGUAUAGUGUAUCACAAUCUCAAUGAUUUGAAUUAUGUGAAGUACUCACAUGAAGCGAGAGGCGUGGUGGAGCGGUGCGCAGGCUAAGGCAGCACUACAUUGCGUGGGUCCCAGUCGUAAGCGCUCACUUCAUACUCUCAUGCAUUCGGCUAUUGGUUUAUGUAGUCAGUUGCAUUAAUUAAAUGAACUUUAUCAUGUGCUCCUUAAAUGUUUGUUUUAUACUUAAAUCCUGGGUUGGCACAUUGACUGGGAAGCCAGAGUGGGACCCAGCAACUUCUCCCCUAAGGUGAAGCUUUUGCAGGUUUUGCUGAGAAGACACCUGCCAGCAGUACUGGAAGCUGAAAUUAACAGAAGCAAAUUCACCAAAGGGGAAAAAUCUCAGGCCAACAAAGGCAAGUGAAAGGGCUAUUAAAAGUUUUUUACACCUUUGAAAAUUGCAGGCUUGGUGCAAAGAGGUCUGUCAUCUUUCCCUUGGGGCAUAAGAUUAUCUAGUUCACAUAGAGGAUUAUCAGUGACAACUCUAGCAGUUAUAAUGUGUAAUAAGUACUGCUCCCAGUGGCAAUUAGUGAGAAAAAUAUGAAUUAUUUCAACUGGAAAAAAAGAGAAGAGAGCCCUUUUGCAGAAUACAGCAGACAAAAUUGCCACUUGCAAUUGGUACUUUAUUUGCUGCUGUUUUUGUAUGAAAUGACUUAUCCCAUAUUUUUGCAUGAAUUUCUACCAGGAAAAAUAAAGGGAUUUCCUAUGGAAGUCCUGUCUUAAUUCCAGGUGAAGGGAAGAAAGUGUAUACUUUUGGCAGGUUAUCAACCUCAAAUGUGACAUUUCUGAUGCUAUAUGGAGAUGUUGGAGGCUUGCCGGUGCCUCACCAGCAGUAUCCUACGCUUCUGAAGCUCCAGCCUUGAGGUUUCCGGGUGGGAGAGCUGUUCAUCACCCCUCCUGGAGGCACAGGAAGAGACAGACCUGUGCUAGUCUCCUCGCACGGCUAUUGACACAAAACCCAGACAAUGCAAAGCCCCUCGUUCCACCUGAGGGCCAAAUACUGUGCCUGAAGUUUGUGCCUGGUGUGAAAGGAUCCGUGGACUGAUGCUUACAGAUGCAGAAGGCUGUCCGAACCGCCUGGAUGUGCAGUCAUGGUCCCGGUCAGGUCUGAGACUUGUGGUAUGCAUUAUUCCAUUGUGGCCUCUCCUAAAAGCCAUGGGCAGCGGUUCCUGAGGGCCUGCAUUCUCCACCUGCUACAUGAUCCCAUGAGGGCUUCGUACGGCAUGCACCUGUCCUUCAGGUACUUGGAAACUUAGCUUCAGGUACAGCCCAGUGUUGGCGAUUCAGCGGUCAUGUUUGGUUACAUUUGGAUGGUGCCUUAGAACCCUCAAUGCUUUGUGCUUUUCCAAAAGCUACUUACUUGGUCUUUUUUCUUUAUAGACAGCUGGAGGAGGCACUGUAAGGAAAAUGUAGGUAAGCUCACCUUUGGCACCACUGAAAAAUAAAUCUGGUCUUACCUAGAGUUUAGGACCUGGCACCGCUCCCAUCAUAGAGGCUGCAUAGGUGCUUUGGGGCAUGUGUAUUAGUGUCCUUCCUUUGUCACAAAACUAGUUUUAUUUUAAAAAUCCUGUUGUAUGAAAGGCAUUUGUACACUUAAAAACCUUCUUAAAGGACAGUUGAAAGGGGCAAGAGGAAACAAGGGCAGUCCUAGAGGGGUGACAAUAGCUGCUGGAUAGCGGUUUAAGUGUCAUAGUCCAGGUUACAUGACCAUGUGCAUGUUGUUCCCCUGCCCCAGGCUCCCCGCCAGGUCGCCUUCACCUUGCAGCGGAGUAGCUAGCCCUGGGGCGCAGGUCCUCAGCCUCAGCACCUCCCCUGGGAGCCAACUUCUAUUCCCUUUCCUCUCCUCUCCUUCCCCAUCUCCCCCUUCCAAACUUUAUUUAGUAACUUCAAUCCUUCCAGCGCACACGUAGGUAGCGGCCCAGUGGUUCCGGUUACAGGCCUGUGCUGGAACAUCAUCUCAGCUGGCCAGCUUCCCGGCAGGCUGUAAAGACCUGACAUUUCAGACAAGCCUAGAGUCAGGAGCAGGGACUUUGACUCUUAGAACACACAUGAGGGCAAGGCUGCUGGCAGACUUUCCCAUUGUCCUUAUGUUGUCUGUGUUGUAUUUUUUUACUGACCGUGAUUAUUUUUUUAAAUCAUUGUUAAUGUAUUGGAAUGAGCUGUAGCACAUAUCUUGUGCUUAGUUUGUUUUGUUUUUUCUCCAUCUCCCCUUGGCUUCCUAGAGCUUGGACGUAUUCCAAGGCUAAAUGCUUUUACUCAAACCACAGAAAAAGGCUUUCUUUAAGUAGUGUGUGCAUGUCAUGCAUGUAUGAGCAGUCUGGGGGAAGGCAGGUAUCUGAUUUCAGCCUUAGCCCCAAGUUGCCAUGUCUGAGGCUCCCUGUCGGUCUCUGCAGGGUGAGAGAGAGCUCACAUUAGGUUACUCUCCAUAGUCCCUUAAAAGGUGAGGGAGGGCAGGAAUCUGCAACAGCUCAUGGGACUGUCUACCAGGGGUUACCAGUAGCAAGAGAGGGCAUGAGUUUAGUUCUGGACUCUGUGCCUUACUGUGUGACUUUAAGUGGCAGAGUUGGGAGUUUUCCCCAAAUCUACGUGUCCCCAUUUCCCUAGAAGAAAACCUCAACAGCUAUGUUGUACCAUUUUUCUUUGUGUGGCAUAAAUGAUCCCUUCAAGUAACAGUCUUCGUAAUGUAUGUCACCCUUUUAAAGAGUAUCAGCUACUUCUCAAGUGGGUGGGAAAGUAGAAAAAUUUACAUAGAGGACAUGGAUCAAAGAUGAGGCAUCUCUGGUGGAAGGGUGUUGGGCAGCGGGGAAAGGACCGGACAUCCAGGCAGCAUUGCAGAAACAAGAACUUGCCUAUCAUGUAAACUGGACCGAGAAAUUCUCUCUGUGAUCCUGUAAUUGAUUUUCUUUUUUAUGUUCAAGUAAUGUACACUCUCACAUCCUGGUGUUUUAUAUUUAUGUAAUAAUUUCUUAAAACCAUUCAAGACAGACAGCUAUUUAAUUUUCUUGAAGAAAGUUGGAAAGGUCUCUCCUCUCAAGGCCAGUGGCUGGGAAGAGCUGGAGGCACAGCCAGUUCUGAAUGUGGGCAGAGGCUUUUUUUGGCUCAGCAUCCAGACACACCAGCCCAGGCUCGCUAAUCAUGUCAUAGCGUGUGACAACAGGCAGCUCCGAGGCCUCUCCCUUCCUAGGGAUGAAAACUUUACAUCGAGGGCUGGAGCCCCUUUCUCCAAGAAGCUUCCACUCACCCUCCUGCAACGAGGCUGUUCAGCUGGGGACACUUGGUGGGUGAGUGGCUGGGGAAUAAAACACGGACGAUGUUGACAACCUUCACUUCUCAGCCAGCCUGACCUUCUAAUACCUUUGUAAAAAGCAUGUACGUAUUUAUAGUGUUUUAGAUUUUUCUAACUUUUGUAUCUUAAGAACAGAGCACCUGGUUAAGCAUUGUACUGUUAAAGAUUUGUGUCCUCUGUCCUUCUCUUUCCCCUGUAAGUGCCCUUCUAAUAAACUUUUCCUUGAAAAGCUCCUGCACCAGGAGCUCAGUCUCA